AUGGUUGCUCGUCAUCAAUUAUCAGAUGAUGUCAUAUCUCAUUUACCAAUAUCACAAUUACAAACAUUAGUUAUACCAUUUCAAUCUCUUCCAAAAUCGAUUUCAAAUGUUCAAUUUUCAUCAAUUACAUAUUUAUCGAUUUAUGAAUGCAAUUUAGAUGAAUUGUUUGUUCUAUUCAAUAACGAAUCGAAGCUAAAUUAUUUGAAAAUACAAUGUUUCUCUCUCAACAUUAAAUAUAUAAGAAGAGAUGAUGCUAGGUGUUUCAAUAAUUCAGCGAAUACUCUUAGAACAUUACAUAUUAAUGAGAACUGUAGCCAUUUAAAUUGUCUUUUUAUGUUAUUAGAAUUAACACCAAAUUUAGAAAACUUAAUAAUAUCAAGUAAUUAUGAGCUAAGUGUCAUCAAUGCUUUUCAAUGGCAAAAUUUCAUAACUUCUUCAUUAUCCCAUUUAAAGAAUUUUAAAUUUAUAUUUUAUGUUGAUAUUGGAUCAGAAAGUGAUAUUAAUGAACAAAGUUUUGAAGAAUUUCAGAAUGAUUUCUGGUGUAAUGAACAUCAUUGGUAUACGGAAUAUAUCAUAUCAGAAUCUUCAGCAUUAAUUUAUACUAUUCCAUAUUGCUUGGAUGUAUUUGAACUUCCGCCAAAUGGUAAUAGAUAUUAUAAUCAAUCAAUCAAUCAUGUGAAAACAUUUAAUAAUGUAAAAGAUUUAACAGUUCCUCAUAGAACUCGAAUGAAGAACUGUCAAUAUUAUUUUUCAAAUAUUCAGUCCUUGUCACUUGGAAGUCCACAUGAAUCAUAUCGUAAUUAUGCCGUGGAUAACUUUUCUCAUUUGAAUUAUCUUCAAACAAUCAUUAAUUUAUCAAAUAUCAAACAUUUAACUGUAUUAUAUGAUUUUUGCUUUAGAACAACAGAUAUAUUUAAAGAAAUAUUCAAAUCUGCAACACAAUUAACUUCAUUAACAAUCAAAUUCUCUGAUUUAUUUGUAUGGUUCAAAGAUGAUGAACUCUGCAAAUAUUUAAAUAAAUCUAUUCGAAAAUUGGAGAUCACUUAUGUUUCAUUCCAUAACUCAGAUGAAUUCGGACAAUUCUGUAAAACGUUUGUUAAUAUUGAACACCUUAAAUGUUCCAUAAGUCAUUUAAAGACUCCAUGGUUAAUCAAACAUUUACCUAAAUUAACAUAUUUAGAAAAUUAUGAACAAAAUUCGAAGGACGAAAUAUGUUCGAUUAAAAAAGAAAUCGAAAAACUUGGAUUAGAUAUAAGUGCUGAAUUUAGCAGUGAAGAUUAUUAUUUUGAUUUAUAUAUUUGGAUCAAUCGAAUUUAA